AUGCCCCCAGACGAUUUGUAUGAUCCCAUGGUCGCAGCCGCGAUUAAGGCCUCUCUGGAAGAUACCCAGGCACCAACUGGCAGCGCGUCUCAGUCAUCACCGCAAGCUCAGAACCUCCAGAGCAGAUCAUCCGCAAAGCCAGUCGUGGACUUGACCAACGACUCUGACAAUGACUCUGACUUACAGGUCGUCUUCCCGAAAUCGAACUCCAUGGUGGGCUCAGAAACCGAUGCCGAUGCCUCGGAGGACGAUGAUGACCUCAAACAAGCCAUCGCAUUGUCGCUGGAUACGAGCACUUCGCCUGUCAACGAGUCCAGAAAAUCCCUGCAGGGAACUCCUCAGAAUCAGGGUACAAAGUCUGAAAGCUCUCCCCAUAACACGGCGUCCGGUCAAGGAUUUUUGGGACUUGAUCGGAAGCAAAUGGAGCAGGAGCGUCUUCUUCGCUUGAAUAAGCGCAAAGCCGAUAGCCAAGAGACUUCACCCAGUCAGCCUCCUGCAAAGUCUGUCAAGGCUCAUGAAAUGCCGGGCAGUUCAGCCACGACAGUUUCAUCCGCAUCCGUUCCAGGUCCGUCAUCACGACCUGCAAACCAGCCCACAGUGGACGGUACGGAUAUCCGCGCCUCGUCACUAGACAUUGAGUUUGUGAGUUCCAAAAAAGCCACAUCGGAUACUCCAAUGGCAGAUUAUUCGAGGCAGCAUACAUCCAUGCCGCAGUCUGUCCCCCGUUCGGGAACGGGCAUUCAGUGGGCCCUGGGUACAGUGAAGAAGACUCGACUGUCCAAUUCGCCGCGCAAGCCUAACGACAUUUCGAUCGAAGAGGUAUUGCAGCGAGAGGACUUGGAAAUUGCAGUGCUCAGUUCGUUUCUCUGGCAAUACGAAUGGGUCCUUAGCAAGCUGGACACUAAUCGGACCUUGAUUCGAUUUGUUGUACACGCAGAAACUGAACAACAAAUGGAACUCGAAGCAGAAUCUGCGGGCAUUUCCAACCUCCGCUUCACCUUUCCUUCCCUUGAAGGCCAGAUCAGCAUCAUGCAUUCCAAGCUGAUGUUACUUUUCCACCCUGGUUAUCUUCGCAUCGCAGUUCCUACGGCCAACCUCAUUGCGGUUGAUUGGGGUGUUGGUGAUGUGAUGGAGAAUUCGGUCUUCAUCAUUGACCUUCCUCAGAAGAGCCAAAAGAAUGGCCCCGCAGAAGAUAUUCACCCACAGUUCUACCAUGACCUCGUCUAUUUCCUGAAAGCGAGCUCAUAUCCCCAGACAAUCAUUGACAAACUGGCCGGCUUUGAUUUCAGCGAAACCGCUAGGUACGCAUUCGUACAUACGAUUGGCGGAGCUCACCAAGAUGAGAAAUGGAGGUGGACAGGAUAUACCGGUCUCGGACGUGCCGUGGCGAACUUGGGUCUCCGAACACAAGCGCCUAUCAGUGUUGAUUUCAUUACUUCUUCACUCGGAUCACUAUCGGAAGACCUUCUAAGGGGCUUUUACUUGGCUUGCAAAGGCGAUGAUGGAACAACCGAUUACCAAUUCCGCAAUACCAAGCCAUCCCUUAGAGCAAAAAGCCCCCUGCAAAACAUCAGUCGGGAAUGGACAGACCGUUUCCGUGUCUACUUCCCCUCCGCCAGGACAGUCGAUGGUGUUGCACGGUCUGUGCAUCGACCCGCACGGGAUAUUGGAGGAACCGUUUGCUUUUCUUCAAAGUAUUGGAACGCCCCCAAGAUGCCAAGACAUGUUUUGAAAGACUGCCAGAGCGAGCGGAAUGUCCUCAUGCACAACAAGAUUGCAUUUGUCAAAGUUUCAGAGCCAAUUCCUUUCUCGGAGGAUACGGAAUGCCGAGGAUGGGCUUAUGUCGGAAGUGCCAACCUCAGUGAAUCCGCCUGGGGCCGUCUCGUCAAAGACCGCGUAACAGGAGCACCCAAGCUCAACUGCCGCAACUGGGAAUGUGGUGUGCUCAUUCCAGUUAUCAGCGAAAUAUCCGCAAGCAAGGCACCCGCUGAUAGCCGUUCGGAGACUGACUCUAAUAAUCUAUCGGUCGCGCUUUUCAACGACACUAUCCCUGUGCCGAUGAAGACCCCAGCUGAGAAUCUAGCAGCGGGCCGGGAGCCAUGGUUCUUCAGGGACUGA